GCGCCCCGUUGCAAAGGCUGAGAGUUUGGCGCCUAUCUGAUCGUGGCUUCCUGGUACUCUCGUGGCCGCGGGUUCGACUCCCCCUGACCCUCACCAUGCCCAAGCGGCCGUGCCCCUUCGAGGACGACCUCAGCCCCCGGGCCAAGGUGCAGGCGGGGCCGUGGGGCGCCAGGCUGGGGGGCAAGAGGCGGGAGGUGUACGACCGCACACUGACGCUGCUGUUCUCCGGCGCCAAGAAUGUGACCAACAACAACACCCCGGAGGUGAUGGACGCCUCGCCCACUGCCACUGCCACCGCUGCCUCACCCACCUCCCUGCAGCAGCUCCUCCUCACCCCCCACGGCACCCUCGCCAAGCCACCACAAGACAUGCAGGCUCUCCCGGCACUGCGCAGUCAGCCGGCGACCCUCAGUGCGUGUGUGGGGUGCCGGCGUGUAUCCCCGGACCUCCUGGCCUGCUGCCACUACUGUGAGUGCCGGCUGUGUGAGGACUGCCAGCGUGCUUGUCACUUCUGUGGGGGGAGCUUCUGCCCUAAGUGUUCCCUGGCAGUGUACCUUCAGGAGGAGCGAGUUGUCUGCCUAAGUUGCUGUUGAUGGGAAGGGUUUUCAUUCUGGUCGUUUUUUAAUAUUACUGGUUUGUAGUGUGGUUAAUUUAUGAAUAAAAUAAUAUAUUUGUAU